AUGUCUCAGGAGCAGCCAAGGCGGGAGGAGAUGCAGGGGCAGGCCAAGGCAACAGCAACUGGCACUCCCGGCUACGCAGCAGCAGGCGGGACAGCCGUCUCUGCACCCGGUUACGCCGGCGGUGGUUAUGUGGCAACGGCAACAGGCCCUGGCUUCACCUGCACGGCUCAGGAAUUCCCCACUGCAGGGGGAGGCGUGACGGGAGUGGCUGCUGUGACUGAUACCGAGGGGAGGACGAUUUACUACUCCACUACCAUGCAGCCCAUGGGUGUGACUGGCCCUGGUGUGACUGAAACGGGCGUGACUGCAACCGGCGUGCCCGCAAUGGGGGUUGGUGGUGCUAUGGGUGGCGGGACUGCCACUGGUGUGCCGGCAGCAGGAGGUGGGAUGGGGGAGAUGGGGAAAGGGACGGAUAUGAGUGGAAUGGAGGCUGGGAUGGGCGGGGAGAGCCUGGGGACCACUGGGAUGGGGGGAGGGGGAAUGGCUGGGGGGGAAGCGGGAGGGAUGGGGGGAGGGAUGGGCGCAACGGGGGGAGGGGAUACUGAGAUGAUGGGCGGAGAUGUGAGGGGAGAGAGCAUUGGCGCAAGGGGGAGUGCUGAACCUGCUGGUGGGGAGAAGAAGCUUUCAACUGGUGGUGCCCGUGAGGGGGGUAUGGGGAGAACUGCUGGGAGUGAUGUGACUGCUGGGGGUGAUGUCACUUCAGGGGGUGAUAUUGCUCAGGCGAAGGAGGCUGGUGCUGCUGCUGCUGGAGGGGAGACGGGAGGGGUUGAGACCGGUGAAGAGGGGUUCAUGGGGCGGGAGUCUGAGGCCAAGGCUCUGGAAGGGGAAGGAGGAAUUGGUUCAGCCUAA